GACAUCGACAUGAUCAGUGUGGCAGUGGGGUGGACUUGGAUUUGUCAUUAGUACAUUUAAACUUAGUUUAAAGUCCCCAAAAAUAUCAUCACUCGAGUGCUUGUGUAUGAGGAUAUUGCGUUUGAAUAUUUAAAAUCUAAAUCAAACAAUCAGUUUAAGUGUUAAAGUUCCUGUGUCGUGUAAAAUUUUGUGUGGAAACGAAUGUUAUUUACAAAAAAGUUCGUGAUACACAAUGAGUAAUUUCAACAAAAUCAUCAAAACUACGCCUAUUACCGACGAUUACGACAUCUCGAACACAGUCCUCGGCCUUGGGAUCAAUGGAAAGGUUGUUGAGUGCAAAGACAAGAAGCGUGGCACGAAGCGCGCGCUCAAAGUCCUCCACGACAGCGUGAAGGCGCGACGAGAGGUGGAACUGCACUGGAGAGCUAGAGGCUGCCGACACAUAGUAGAGGUGAUCGAUGUUUACGAGAACUCGUACGGCGGGAGGUCGUGCCUGCUCGUGGUGAUGGAGUGCAUGGACGGCGGCGAGUUGUUCCAGAGGAUACAGGACAACAGGGAGGGCGCGUUCACUGAGAGGCAGGCCGCUGAGAUAAUGCACUCGAUCUGCGUCGCAGUCCGCCACCUUCACGACUCGAGCAUCGCUCACCGCGACAUCAAGCCAGAGAACCUGCUCUACUCCAGCAUGGAGCCCAACGCUGUGCUCAAACUGACCGACUUCGGAUUCGCGAAGGAGACGUCCACAGCCGCCGACACGCUGCAGACGCCUUGCUACACGCCUUAUUACGUCGCUCCAGAGGUGCUAGGUCCAGAGAAGUACGACAAAUCCUGUGACAUAUGGUCGCUGGGCGUCGUGAUGUACAUACUGUUGUGCGGGUUCCCGCCGUUCUACUCCAACCACGGCUUAGCCAUAUCGCCAGGCAUGAAAAAGCGCAUCAGGCUAGGGCAAUACGACUUCCCGGAACCAGAAUGGUCGAACGUGUCGUCUGAAGCGAAGAACCUGAUACGCGGCAUGCUGUCCGUGGACCCGGCGAAACGGCUCUCCAUAGAACAGGUGAUGGCGAGUCCGUGGAUCAGACAGUACACACAAGUGCCGCAGACCCCGCUGUACACGAACACGCUGCUGCGCGAAGGCGGCGACACGUGGCCCGACGUGCAGGACGAGAUGACUCGCUCGCUCGCCACCAUGCGCGUCGACUACGACCAGGUACAGGUACAAAUCAAAGCGUUGGGUGAAAGCAACAACUCACUAUUGAACAAGCGACGCAACAAAGUCGGUGCCUGAGAUUCAAGUGCGUAACAUAUUUGGCUGUUAAUAGUUAAACAUACACUGCACAACUAUAUGUUGUAAUCUGUCGUCAACAACGUUACAACUGGUUGUAAUAUAUUUGUUUAUAUGUUCUAUAUUUGAAUGGCAAAUUAAAAAAAUAAACAUCUGAUAACGAUGAGGAUACGCUCGCUUGAUGUCUAGAAAUAUGACAGUAUAAUGUGGCAACAACAGUAAAAAGGUAUUUGUAGAGAAUCAGCGUGUUCAUAUACAGAUUGGUGUGUUGGCUUUUAGAAUUAAAGAAUAUGGAUUAAUAAGCGUAUUAGAGUAAGGUUAGUGAAGAACAGUAUGAGUAUUUUAAAUUGCAACCAGUUGUAACAUUUAUUGAAAUAAUUAAUAAGUCAGUGAUCCGUUUAUGGACGAUUUUUAAAAACGAUCUUAAUCGCUACACUUGGAUCCAUAACAAAAUGAAUCAAUCAGAAUAGUUACUUUGACAUAUUUAUCGCACCCAUAGAAAUAAAGUGACCUAACUCAAAAUUAACAUAUUUUCUGAUUUUUCGUAAAAAAAACGAUCUAAAGCAUGCUCUUUAACCCUAUGACGAGAAAAAUGCAAAAUUAUAAAAUAGAAACAGAUUUUCACUUUCGCCGCGACCGCUCAAUUCACUGCCUUUCAAUUCUCAAAUCUUUUUUGUUUUCCACAAAUCAUCUUUUUUGAGUCGAGUCACCUUAGUUCUAAGGGUGCGUUAUAAAUGAGUUAAUCUUAAUCAAGCCUAGUUAGAACUGGCAAGCGCAACGUCGGACGUCCACCCAUGAGGUGGACAGAUGACCUAAUAAAAGUAGCAGGAGGUCGCUGGAUGCGGGCCGCUUCCAAAAGGUCGAUCUGGAAAUCUUUGGGAGAAGCCCAUGUUCAGCAGUGGACAUCCUGCGGCUGAUGAUGAUGAUGCCUAGUUAGCGGUUGGGAUGGUUUAUUGGAAUCCGCGUUCAAUCUUGUGUAAUGUAUUUGACCGACAUACAAAUUGCUACUAAAAUAGUUCAUAUUCUCAUUAUUAUAUUUAAUUCGCGUUACUCUAGUACAACAUAAAUUAAAUUUACAAUUACAAAAUUAUUUACUCUAUAAUGUGUUUCUAAAUGUUGUGUCAAUGUCAUAAAAGACCUGUCAAUGUCAAAAGACCCGUCAAUGUCAAUUUGCACUGUCAUUAUCAAAGGUGCUGUCACAAAUGUUGUGUAUAUACAUAGUUAGAAAUAUAUUUUGUAUGUAUGUACGGAAAUUAUCGCUAGGCUAGUUUUGUACAAUAAUUACUUACAUCACAACGGCUUAGAUAAUGUUUUGAAUGCCCACAAAAUAAAAGCGACCAGUGAGUCCACCUCUUAGUUUUAAUCGCCUAUUUAGCAGUAAUUUUAUCUAGUUUUUAUGUUUAUUUUAAAAUUAAAUUACAUUGAUUGAAUAUAUAUUUUUUCUUGACAAAUACGUUAAAACUACUAUCACAAACAAUGGCGAUUAAUGGAUUUGCGAUUAUCACCGAUUGUACUUGCAAUGCCGGCAAUUUAAGUAUACAACUAGUUGAUAAUUAAUUCUAAAUAAAUUACUAAUUAAAUAAAACACAAUACAUUAAGGUUUGCUCCAAUUUUUCCGUACAUACAUUACGAACUUAAGAUAAACAGUGUCAAAAAGCGUAGUAUUAUUUUAUAUCGCGUUGUCAAUUUGACAUCUGUCACUUGACGGAUGACAUGUCGUUGAAAUGACGCCUGUCAUGUUUGACAGCUGGCUUUAUACGAUGAACUAUCUAAAACACACUUUUGUACAUCUUGGUUUUAUGUUCCUAAAAGAAUGCUUGGACUUUCUAUAAUAUUUUAAUUUUAAGUUCUCAUAUUUCCGUAGCAUAAACAAAUAAAUCAUUUACAUAUUUUGUAAAUCAGUCAUUUAAAUAAAAUUAUAUGCAUCCCAUAUAGAAAUAUUAUUAUCUUUAUAAAAUUUGUUAAGAUUAAGAUAGCGCAUUAAUAUAAAAAAUACAGCAAGAUAGAAUUACCCAUAUUCAUUUUGAAUUUUAGUAACGGUCGCACUUGGUAUCCGUAGUGGGGUUUUACACCCCCCCAUGUCGUAUAAAGCCAGCUACUUUCCAUUACAUUUAACCAUUUGCGAUCGGCAUUUCAAUAAAAUUAUACAGACACAGUUGGAAUGAAAAUAAUCACAAUUAAAGAUGCCAAUAAUUAUAAACUAGAAUAGGAUUUAUUUCAGUCAUCAAUAAAGCCUAGUUUUCCAUCUCCUUCCGAUCGCAAAUGGUUGACAAACAAUAGCUGUGUAUAUAAUUUAGUAUUAUUCUUUAUAAGUGGAAAAAUAAUAUUUUUGGGCGUGUUUUAAAUGGCGUACUAGGUCUUUAUGAGCGUAUAGAGAGCGCUUUGCAAACAUUUUGACACUUAUGGUAAUAAAGGAUUAGUCAUACGACCUAAAAGGCUUUUCAUCUAACUACGAAAUAGUCGAUUUUCCAUAUCAUCUGGAGUCAUCCAUACUAUCGUUAAAUCCAUUUCUUUUUAUAUGUGGCACAAAAUCCAAUUCUACUAGCAAAUCACGUCUAUUAUAAGAAAUAAAAACAAAAUGGUUUCUGGAAAUAUCUGAAAUUAUACCUUUUUCACGAAAUUAUCGAUUUGAAUGCAGGACUUCUACAAUAGAAGAUGAUCAGUGUCAAAAUUUUUGCACGGCGACGAUAAGGAACGUCUUCGUUUGAUAUCAAUUAAACUGUUACGAUAAGAGUUUUGUCCAUGAAACUUAGGAAAAUAUUACAUCAGUCGUUCGAUAGUUAAGUUUUGCGUCAAUAUUGUUUAGACUAACCUUUGUGAGGUAAUACCUAUCAAAUGGGAACUGUAUGUUGAUAGAAAUUAGGUUUAAUUUUGUUUCUACGCAGAAGUCUAAAUGAAAGAUAAAGUUAGCGUAAAUAUUUGGAAAUAGUUUUUGCUGAUAGAUAAUUUUAAGACAAUUGCUGUUCAUCUACACCGGAAUCGCGCAUCGUGUUUUGUUUGCCGUCCAUUAACGUCGAAGGAAAUUUCGAGAAUAUAUUUUCUUAUGCAUAUUUUUGCAGACGCGCGUAGGCUUUAAGUAUAUUUUCUGUUUUGGCUAAUUUGAAAUAUAGAUAAGAUUUUCUUAUAUAGCAUAGAGAAAUAUUAUUUUUGGAGCUUUUCAAGCCUACCAGUGCUUUGGUCUAUUGAUGCGAUAUAUCGAGACGGGAGAGGAUAUAUACAAUACCUAAUUAUAUGAAAAAAUAGUUAGAAAUCAUUCCCCCAUCGACCUCAUCUGAAUGCGGGUGUGCGCAAAGUUUGAGGUUAUAAAUUGCGUCAUUGUGAUGAAUAAGCAAGUAUGAACUUUAUGAUAGAUAUAUUAUGUCACAAAAUUCCUUUGUCUACAAGUAUGUUUUUUUGUUAUUUUUUUUUUGCAAAUUUGACAUCACUAAAGCUGUAAUCUUUAAUUUUAAGUACUUAUUUUCUCAUUUAUAUGAUUGCAAAAUAAACUAAUAUAUACAAUUUAGCUGGCUUAAAUUGUUUCGUACAAGGCAAUAUCGAAAACUGUAACUGUUUCUGUAAUAAUUAUACUUUCGAUAGUACUAUGUGUUCAAAUUACUAUAUUUUUACAACUAUGGUGAUGACUAUAAAUCGAUUAUGAAAGCAUUUCAAAUCGAUACUUCGGUAUCGAUAAUCGAUUUGUUCAAUGAAUAUGCUAUUAAAUUAGUAUAUGUUAGUUUUUUUGCAAUCAAAAUGCUGGUUUACUUAAUGCAUUUUACAUCACUCCUAAACCAAAUAAGUUAAUGUAAGUUACUUUUGACUUGUGAGAGAGGUGUCAAUGAAAAUAUAUUAUAUGUAUGGAGAA